UUAUUCUACACGAUUACAAAUCGUGGUCAGGACCUGAUUCCAUUAAAGCAAUAUGAAUUUUACGGAGGGUACCUGAAGGCACCACAGAAGUCGCUCGUUUAGGUGAAGCCUUGUGGUUCCACGAGCGACUUGUUUGGCCUCAAAAAAUAGUUGUAUUGUGAAAUAUUUCCACCAGAACCCUCCAGCAGCUGCUCAGCUGGCCAUGUUUCUUCGCCGGGCUUUGCGGACACAGCUCGCCGGGACCAGGGCGGCUCAGCUCGGCCGCAUCCACCGCGUCUGUCGAGCCGAGGUAGCUGCUGUCAUCCUCCUAAACGUGUUCUGUCCGGUACCCGCCGCAGAGCGUUUGGGUCCCGCCAGCUCUGGUGGUGGAUGUGGGGAGCCCUCAGUGCCCCCCCACCACCUCCACCACCCAGAGAGGCCGCUGUGCUCCAGGAGCGACGAGGUCCGGCUGGCGGAGGAGGCCAGCAGGAAGUACGGGUCUCCGGCUCCGACCAUCUUCUCCAAGGUGAUCGAUAGAAGCAUUCCUGCAGACAUCAUCUAUGAAGACGAGAAGUGUCUGGCGUUCAGAGACAUCAGCCCACAGGCUCCGGUUCACUUCCUGGUUAUUCCACGGGUCCCUAUUCCCAGAAUCAGUGCAGCCAGAGACGACGAUGCUGAGCUUUUAGGACAUUUGCUGGUUGUUGCCAAAAAUGUGGCGAAGCAAGAAUCUCUACAUGAAGGAUACAGAGUGGUGAUCAACGAUGGAAAGCACGGCGCUCAGUCGGUCUACCACCUCCACAUCCACGUCCUGGGAGGAAGGCAGAUGAACUGGCCGCCUGGAUGAUGGCUUCACAUCAGUGUGUGUCUGCACCGACAGUCUUCAUGGAUUCAUUCCCAUCACAUGACGUCUGUUCAUCCAGAAGAUUUCAUCUGAUUCUCUGCACGAAAAACUCACAAAAUAUUAAAUGUAAAUAUGUUGAUCUGAACAAAUGUACAAAUGAAAUGUAAAAAUGACGACAUUAUGUUUGAUACGGCUGCAAAUAAAGACACUAUUUCUGAUGUGAACA